AAGUUUUACGUAAAUUUUGUCACGAUUUGGGUUUAAUCGAGGGAACUACCCAACUUCACACGCAACAUCGGUUUACUCCCUCCCUUUUUCCGUUUCUACCAUUCUCCCCCAAAACCUCACUCUGCUCCACCUCUCACACUCUUCUCCGGCCACCGCACCGUCCAAUCGCCGCCGAUUCAUCACUCCAAUCGUUUCUCCGAAUUCAGUGAUGAUUUGGAGAAACUGGAUUGAUUUGAUAUUGCAGCUAUAACUGGUUACAGUCUGAGCAUUGCUCCAGUGUGUGUUAGAUUCUGAUGAUAAUGAUAUCGAAAAUCAAAUGGUUAUUACUUGGAGGUCUGGUUCUGUCUUUCUUGUCUUUGCUGGUGCACAUGUUUCUUGCAAAUACAAGUGUGGAGCUAGUACAAUACAGUGUUAUGACACGGUUUAUUGAGGAUUUGAAUAUAGAAGCGGCGGGGAAACAGGCUGUUAGAUCUAGAAGGUUGUGGGGGAAGGUUAAGCCUUUAGAGGUUUUGCAACCAUAUGCAAACCCUAGAAGUAAAUAUCCCGUUCCAGUUCCUGUUGAACAAAGUACUGGUUUCAUAUACGCCAAAAUUUUCGGUGAAUUUGAGAAGAUCAGAUCUUCGAUUUGUGAUCUUGUUGCCAUAUCCAGGCUUCUCAAUGCUACUCUGGUCAUCCCAGAGAUUCAAGAAAGUACGAGCUCUAAAGGCAUUAGCUCCGAGUUUAAAAGCUUUUCAUACCUCUACAACGAAGAACAGUUCAUAACAUCUCUUAAAAAUGAUAUUAUCAUCGUGAAAAAUCUACCUCCUAAUUUGAAGGAGGCGAGGAAACGUAAAGAAAUUCCCACCUUUAAGCCCAAGAAGUUGGCUUCGCCUGAUUAUUAUAUUAAAGAGCUCUUGCCAGAGUUAAAGAAGUCAAAGGUUAUUGGAUUGGUGAUUACGGAUGGAGGCUGUUUACAGCCUGUUCUCUCUUCUAAGUGGGUUGAAUAUCAAAGGCUCAGAUGUCGUGUAGCAUUUCACGCACUUCAUUUCCGUCCUGAGAUUCUAGAGCUUGCACAUCUAAUGGUGAAAAGGUUAAGAGCUUCAGGGCAACCUUAUCUUGCAUAUCAUCCUGGUCUUGUAAGAGAUAGCUUGGCUCACCAGGGUUGUGCUGAGCUUUUCCAGGAUGUCCAUACUGAACUUAUACAGUACCGACGUGCACAACUGAUCAAGCAAAAAAUCAUUCGUGAUGAACUAAGUGUUGACUCACAUAUUCGGAAAUUCAACGGUUCAUGUCCUCUGAUGCCAGAAGAGGUGGGACUCCUCUUUCGAGCCAUGGGCUAUCCACCAACAACGAGGAUAUAUUUAGCAGGUUCCGAAACAUUUGGUGGUCAACGUGUCAUGAUCCCUCUUCGUGCCAUGUUUACAAAUUUAGUUGAUCGUACUAAUUUAUGCAAUCGAUACGAACUUAAUAAAGUGUUUGGCAAAGAAAGCCCACUUCCCUCAAACUCCUUCAACCCCACAUCAACUAAAACAUCCAAGCAGUUGAAGAAAGAAUGGGAUCAGGCGGGUCCACGUCCUCGACCUCUUCCACCACCUCCAGAUCGACCCUUUUAUCAACACGAAAAAGAAGGUUGGCAUGGUUGGGUUGCAGAAAAAGAUUCUGAGCCCGACCCGUCACCAAUUGAGUUAAGGGACAAAGCACACAGGUUGUUGUGGGACGCACUUGACUAUGUUGUAUCAGUUGAAGCAGAUGCUUUUUUUCCUGGUUUCCAUAAUGAUGGUAGCGGUUUGCCUGAUUUUUCAAGCUUGGUUAUGGGUCAUCGGCUUUAUGAGCUGGCGUCUGCCAGAACUUAUCGACCAGACAGGAGAUUUCUUGCUAAAUUGUUUAAUAGUACACAAGAUCAUCUUUAUUAUCCAAAACGAAGCUGGAUUCUAGCAGCACGUAAGCAUCUGAACGAUAGUUUGGGGGAGGAAGGACUAAAGAGACAAUCAACUCAAUCAAAGUCGCGGUCGUUUCUCUCCCACCCGAUUCCGGAAUGUACUUGUACUAUUUCCAAAACCGGUGACAAGAACGCAUGCCCCAAAUGGAUCGAAGCCAGCCUGGCCGAAUCCAAAUUGCAAGAGAGCACUGAAAACGAGCAACCCGAUUAUACUGAUGAACCAGAUGAACAACAAACAGAUGAAGAAGACGAAAGCAAGAGAAACGAUUCACCUUCUUUGGAAGAAGACGUUGAAAUGGAUCCUGAUGAUUAGAUGUUUGAAAAAAGUAUACGGGUUGAUUGUUGCCAUGUCAUCCAGAUUCUUUUAUUGAUUAUUAUCACGGAGUCGUGUGGAGGUACGUUUGUUGGGUUAUCAGUUGCACAGAGUGAUACAGGUAAAAGGAAAACGGUAAGAAACAGGGAGUUAUACAAGUUUAGCUUUACACCUAUUUUUUCAUUUUGUUUACGAUAUGGUCUAUAGCAUUGUUGUUUUGUGUACCUUAUCUGCAUAAUGAGUUUUUAAGUUUUGAGUUUAUGAAACAAUGUACCAUCUAUUAGGAACCCGAGAUCAUAUAUACAUGAUGAUACGAGUCUUGAGUUGUAUCAUAUUGCAUUACGUGUUUAUGCGGGCU